AUGCCCAUUCAUAAAACACAGAUGAACCUGGUGUUGAUCACACAGUCACACGUAGAGGCUUACCGGCGGCCCGAGGAGCUGGCGCGGCCCGUGUACGAGAAGGCGCCGCCGGACGCGCGCGCCCCGGGCGAGUGGGGCAAGGCCGCGCGCCUGCAGCUGGGCGCCGCCGAGAAGCAGCUGGAGGAGGAGCUAGUGGAGCGGUACGCGCUCAACGUCUACCUGAGCGACCAGAUCUCGCUGCACCGCCACAUCCAGGACGGGCGCAUGCCCGAGUGUAAGGCACGGCGCCACGACUACCGCCGCCUGCCCACCACCUCGGUGGUCAUCGCCUUCUACAACGAGGCCUGGUCCACGCUGCUGCGCACCAUCCACAGCGUGCUGGAGACCUCGCCGGCCGUGCUGCUCAAGGAGGUCAUCCUGGUGGACGACCUGAGCGACAAGGUGUACCUGAAGGGCGAGCUGGAGCGGUACAUCAGCGGCCUGAAGCGGGUGCGCCUGAUCCGGACGAACAAGCGGGAAGGCCUGGUCCGGGCCCGCCUCAUCGGGGCCACCUUCGCCACGGGAGAGGUCCUGACCUUCCUGGACUGCCACUGCGAGUGCGUCCCGGGCUGGCUGGAGCCGCUUCUGGAGAGGAUCGCGGAGAACGAGAGCGUGAUCAUCUGCCCCGUCAUCGACACCAUCGACUGGAACACCUUCGAGUUCUACAUGCAGCCGGGGGAGCCCAUGAUCGGGGGCUUCGACUGGCGCCUGACCUUCCAGUGGCACUCCGUCUCCGAUCAUGAGCGCCAGAGGCGGAAAUCGAGGAUCGAUCCCAUAAGGUCCCCUACAAUGGCGGGGGGGCUCUUCGCUGUGAGCAAAAAGUACUUCGAAUACCUUGGGACCUACGAUACGGGGAUGGACGUCUGGGGAGGAGAGAAUUUGGAGCUUUCGUUUCGGGUAUGGCAGUGUGGCGGCAUCUUGGAGAUCCACCCCUGCUCGCACGUGGGCCACGUCUUCCCCAAGCGAGCCCCGUAUGCCAGGCCCAACUUCCUCAAGAACACCGCACGGGCCGCAGAAGUGUGGAUGGAUGGAUACAAAGAGCACUUCUACAACAGGAAUCCUCCGGCGCGGAAGGAAAACUAUGGCGAUAUCUCGGAAAGGAAGCUCUUGAGGAAGCAUCUGAACUGCAAGAACUUUGACUGGUACUUGCAAAAUAUAUUUCCCAGUUUGCAUGUACCGGAGGACCGGCCUGGCUGGCACGGUGCUAUUCGCAGCAUGGGAAUUCUCUCCGAGUGCUUAGACUACAAUUCGCCUGAACAUAACCCUACUGGGGCCCACGUGAAUCUCUUUGGAUGCCAUGGCCAAGGAGGUAAUCAGUUCUUUGAGUAUACAUCAAAUAAAGAAAUCAGAUUCAACUCUGUGACUGAACUCUGUGCUGAAGUGCCUGAAGGGAAGGAUUUUGUAGGCAUGAGAAACUGCCCGAAAGAUGGCUCCAGCAUCCCCGAAAACAUUAUAUGGCAUUUUAAAGAAGACGGAACCAUCUAUCAUCCCCAUUCUGGAAAAUGCCUCAGCGCUUACCGUACUGCUGAGGGUCGGCCUGACGUCCAGAUGUCGGCGUGCAAUGCAGCUGACAGAAAUCAAGCGUGGAAGUUUGAGAAAUAGAGGAGCCAUGAAUGUCGUCUCUGCCCAAGUGUGCUGCCACCUGAGGAGUAUUUAUUUCCAGAGACAUAACUUUGACAUCACAUUAGAUAAUUUCUCAAAGGAGUUUUAGUAAGUUUGUAAACUACAGUGAAAUGCAGAUAUGGGGGCUCUGUGGGUUAAAAAGUGCCUUUCUUUGUUCACUUAAAAACCACACCGCUGUAUACGGUUAUCUUGCAGAUGCUUGAAAGCAAUACACUUGCAUCACAGGAAAAAACUGAAGCCAGAUUAAGUACUGCCACAGUACAGCUAAUUUAUUGAGGGCAAACUCCUUUGUAUGCCUAGACAGAAAAAAGUCCCAACAAGUGCCAGCAUAGGCGUUGUUGGACUUUUGCUCCUCUAACUAUGCAGAGGGUGGAACUCUCAUAUUUGUGAAAUUAUAUGUAUAGCAUGUGGCCAAUGGAAUGGAUUUUGGAAUGGAAAAAGAUGCUGAAGACCCUGAUGAUGCCAUCUAUUUUCAGGGUUGAACUGAAAAGUUGUUUUGUUGGAGGGAUGAUUCAUUGGCUUUGAGACACAAGGAAGUCUAGACUUGGAACUGACUUCUCCGGUUCGUGGCGCAGCACAGGCAUUGCUGAGUUGCUUUUCUCUCAUGAAAGUGAAACGGAGAAGCGCCACCGUCGACGUGCAAGCAAUCAUGUGUUCAGGAUCAGCAGAGAAAUACUCAAGUUGUAAUUAAGGUUAUAAAAAUACUAGUGCCAGGCAAGCAAUUCCUUUUGGUGAUGUCAAAAAGUCUCGGAUGAGAAAUGUGGCUUAUUUAUUGUACCAAGUAACUCUGAGCUAAUACUAGGGGCUCCGCAUCCAUGUUUGCAGGUCUUAAUAGGAUCUGGUUACAAUCUCUGCCUUAUCACUUCUUGUAUAAAUCUGUACAUGCUGAACCUUUAUGGGUCUCAGGUCAAGGAAAACUGCUUGAGAGAGGUUCUUCAUGCAUAUAUGUAUACUAGGAUAGACAUCAGUUCUUCCCGAUGACUGAAAUAGUCACUUUUCUUUGAAAAUGCAAUCUCUUCUUAGAGAAAUGUCUAAGGUGUUAUAUUGCUUCAAAUCAAUAAUUAGCCAUGUGGCAGAUGCAGCUAGAAAGUGCCAUUAACUCUGCAAUCCCAAUAUGGACCUUGGAUAUCAUGUUCGCAGUGGCAAGAAGUUAACCGAACCGGCGAAUGUCGAAAGAGGUGUCAUGCUGCAUUCUUCAGUUUCUGGUUGAGAUCUUUAAAGUACCCACAGUUCUGACAACACAGAACUGAUGCUAGUCAGGCAAAAGUGAUGGGAGACAAGUAAAAUGUCAGGUGUUUUAUGCAUCCGACUGCAGAUAGCAGAUAAAUGACUUCUUCUAAAACAGAGUAGUUCAGUAGAUAACUUCUGAAGCUAGUGGUUUUGGGGCUUGUGGAAAUGGUUUCCUGGCCAGCAAAGUAAGACUAAGGGUGUAGGCCGAUGCAUGUUUAGACAGAGAAAAGCCCUACAACACAGAACAUGCCCCCGUCAGCCCUGCUGGAAGCCAUAGGCCUUUUUCUGCAUGUGUCUGCAUAGCUUGUGCCUUAAGUUGUAUUUAUUUAGAGGGUGUAAUGUUGGACUACUGCUUGAGCCCGGAGCCAUAAGUGCCGCAACAUAGACUCUGGUUUCUGCUUCAAUACUAGCCCUUCCAAAAAUGCCAGCCAUCAGUUAAAACCCCCCAAAAGCUGAAAUCUGUACUUCCUGCUCUUGAUGCAGCAUCUGGCAGGGGUGCAGGGGCAGGCAGGAUGCGGAUGUUAGUUUUCUCCCGGAGCUGAAAGCAGCGUGAUAGACACUAACUACUGCCUUUGUGGCAUGGUUGUCAAACAAGUUAAAGGUCACUGUAGUGCUUUGGAAACCAGAUAAGCUUGUUUUACCUAAAAUGGCAAGAGGACAAAAUAAGCAGGUGUGGAAACGCCAGCUCUCCUCACACUUCAGCUCAUUAUGGUCUUUCUGUAUUUGUAGAAAUCAAAGUAGGGAAUGUAGUCAUCCAAGGAGAAGAGAGGCAAAGACUUCAGCUAUUUGUGGUCUUUCCCAGAGCCACUGGUCAUUGGACAUAAUUCAGUGGGGCACGUACUUCCCCACCCAUCCCAAUGCCCAGGUCCCCCGCCCCUUGUGAAAUGACAAUUGGGUGCUUCUGGAACAGCCCAGAACAAACAGAAAUGUUUGUUUCUGGAAGGAGGCGAGGUGGGAGGACACGCAUAAGGAAGCUCUUCCAACAUGCCUCUGUCUAGUAAUGAGCAGUUUAGGAAGUGCCAAAUCGCCAUUGCUGCUUGGACCAGGCUGUCCUGGGGAUUUUCUGCUUGAAGAAGGGAGGCAGGAUAGGAAGGAAGCCCUCCUUUGGAUUCUGCCCCUUGGUUCCAUAGUCCUGAUCCCCACCUCUCCCGGAAUUUUCUCCCUGAUUUCUCCAUGGCUUGAGCUAUCCAAACCUUGCCAAAAAUAGAUAGUUUUGGAAGCUUCCGCUUUAGUAACAGUAACAAUGCAUGCAUAAACCAUUCUGUGCAAAGAACAUGGAUUUCCUAGCUGCAGAAAUGGGAAUUCUGUGGCUGUUUUCAUUCCUGCCCACCUUGUCUUGCUGCACGAAGGGGAAUAGAAGCCCCUGACCCCAGCAUGGUGCCAACCAGGAGCUGAGUCGGUUAGGAGUUGAAAAGCUGGAGUUAAGUCAACCACAAAUCAUGAAUUGUUUGAAUCUUUCAUUCAAGAGGAGUGCAGAGAACUAUUGUAUAGCACUGACUCCUUUGGGACAAGACCUACAAGCUUGAACUACAAAUUGAGAGCGAACCGGCACAUUGAAGUGCCCACCAUUUGCCUCUCUGUUGUCUAUAGAUAAUAACAAAUAAAUUUAUCUUAUCACCUUAAGUUAGCUAUCCAAAAUGGCAGCUAGAGGACAGAAGUUAGGCUAGAUUCAGACAGUCAGUUUCCACUUGCAUUGUGGCGGCAAGUUCUGAAGUUGCGUAAGCACUUUGUGGAUAUGGGUCAUCCGAAGUUGUCCAGCUGGCUUUGGACUUGGUGGACCCAUCUCUGUCUCAGAUUUAUCUUGGAUUUCUGGCAUUCUACCACCACAGAGAGCCAAGCAUAAGAGGGCUGUAUGAAUGCACUGCGAAGUACUUGAGUGUAGGAACCAACCUUUGAGACUCUGCCAUAUUCUUUUAGAAUCUGUAAUUAGGUCCGUGGAAAAAGAUAAUGGUAGUGGAGCAUUUCAGUGAGAUUUCGCUAUGCACAUUUCUUAGGUACGAAGUGCCACAGUCAAGGCGUUGCUGUGACACUUGCGUCUUGUGAUGAUUCCAUCAGACGGGACUGCCAUGGGGAGUGCCUUGAGAAGCCACAAGUGACCUUUUUAAAAAAUGCUCUGUGCCAAGCACUGUUUCAGUAGAAACCUGUACAAGCUAUGCAUUUUGUCACCUGUAUGCCUUAUUCCUUUUGGAAACAAUCAGAAGAAGUUGUAUUUCUUGUGGGGGACUGUAUAUAUACUCAGUCCAAAGGUUUUGCAAAACACAGAAAAACAGAGGACCGCUUUGAAAUACUUCUGUAGAUUGCAGUCCUGCACCGGUGUCCCACUGAACUUUGUGGGAUUCACUUCAAAGUUAACAUGCAUAGGAUUGCACUAUUAAUAAGUUACACAAAGGGAAAAAGCAAAAUUAAGCCAAUUUAUAUUAGACAUACUAAAAACUAGUUCCAUUUUUGAAGAGCCAAGGAUAUACUUCUUCUGAAUGUGUAUAUGUGCGCACAAAUGUGUUAAGAUUUAUAACUAUUUUUAUACUAAGAAUUCGCAAUGGCAAUCCUAGUUGUAGCAUUGCUACUAAGUCACUUCAGUUUGGAAAGGUAAUAAUGUUUACAGGUCCCUGAAACGUUGGAUAUCUGGAAGAUGGGAAAUGCAUUCUACAAUUGUUUAAUGAAUUAUAAAAUUACUUGGGGAAAGUUUUACUGUGCAGAUUAAACUACUGAUUUCCGGUAUUUUGUCUUUCAGCAAAUGAGUAACUUCACAAUGCAUUGUGAUAUUCUUGAAAACACAAAAAUAAACAUUUUUUUUCAAGUAAA